UGAUACAUUUGUAAGACCCAAAGAAGUGUUAUAGAGAGAGAGAGAGAAAACAGAUGCAUUAAAUCCCACAAAUGAAUCAAUGUGAAAUCUUCAUUGUUUUCAUACUUUCUUAAAUCUCUAAUCGGAGAAGAAGAAGAAAGAAGAAGCAUUUUGGUUUUCCGGUGAGCUGUUUCUCACUUACUUUCUCCCCCACUCCCACAUGCUUUUUUCAGAUUCCUAAAUCUAUCUCUUUCUGUUCUUUCCUUCCUUCUUCUACAUCUGGAAAACAAAGGAGGAUGUGGGCAUCAUCAUGAUUUUACAGAGUGCAGUUUUCAUUUUCUUCUUCUUUGUUCAUCUUUCUUUCGGUCUAAAUCUUGAUGGAGUUCUCUUGUUAUCAUUCAAAUUCUCUAUACUCAAAGACCCACUUGGAGUUCUCUCUAAUUGGAACUCCACCGACAUCAAUCCAUGCUUAUGGAAUGGCAUCACAUGCGAAGGAUCUAACGAAUCCUCCCUCGUUACCUCUCUUUCUCUUCCCAAUUCCCAGCUCAUCGGUUCCAUGCCUGCAAAUCUCGGCAUGAUCUCAAACCUCAGAGUACUCAAUCUCUCCAACAAUUCAAUCAACGGGACCAUUCCACUUUCAAUUUUCAUGGCAACCGAGCUCCGGACGUUAGAUAUCUCUGGUAAUUCUCUAUCCGGCGAGCUGUCGGAGCAAGUGGGGAAACUCUACAAUCUGGAAUUUCUUAGCCUUUCUGAUAAUUUUCUAGGGGGAGAAAUUCCGGAGAAUCUUACUUCUCUUAAUAACUUAACUGUGAUCUCUUUGAAGAACAAUUACUUCUCCGGUAGUGUUCCUAGAGGUGUCAAUUGGAUUAAGUUAUUAGAUCUUUCUAUGAAUCUCAUUAACGGUACUCUACCUUCUGAUUUUCAAGGGAAUCAUCUUGGUUAUUUUAAUGUCUCGUUUAAUCGUCUUUCCGGCGAGAUCUUGUUGGGAUUUGCUAAUCAAAUCCCAACAAAUGCUACCAUUGAUUUAUCAUUCAAUAACUUCUCCGGCGAAAUUCCGGCGACCAGUCUUUUCAUUAAUCAAGACCCAAGAUCAUUUUUUGGUAAUAAUCAGCUAUGUGGGAAACCAUUGAGAAAUUUAUGCCCAAUUACAUCUUCAAUCUACACUCCCCCAAAUGAUGCACCUCCGGCGAUCGCUGCUAUUCCGAAAACUAUUGAUUCAUCGCCGGCGAACGACCCGGCAAAAGACAGCUCCGCGGGAAAGAAGGGAAAAUCAAGGGCAGGGACUAUAAUCGGCAUCGUAGUUGGCGAUGUAUUGGGAAUCGCGUUCUUGGCGUUUAUUUUCUUGUACGUUUAUCGGUUGAAGAAGAAAAAGAAAAAGGGUAACGUUUCUUCCACGAAAAGUGGGAAAUCGAAAGAAACCCAACAAAAUAUGGUCAAAAUUACUCAUGACUGGUCAUCUACGACGUCCUCUGAAGAAUCCAAAGGGAUCCGAGCUUUAGCCUGUUUGAGAAAACAAACUAAAGACGACAAUGACGACGACGAUGACGACUCCUCCUCGUCGGCAUCCAGCACUUCCGACGUUGGCUUCAAAGGAUCGAAAAAUGCGGCGGCGGCGCCGCCGCAGCAGAAAGGUGGAGAACUUGUGACCGUUGACGGAGACAGAGAACUUGAACUCGAGAUUCUUUUGAAAGCGUCGGCGUACAUAUUGGGUGCGUCCGGUUCAAGCAUUACGUAUAAGGCAGUUUUGGAAGACGGAACUUCAUUAGCGGUUCGUAGAAUCGGCGAGAGCGGUUUGGAACGGUUUAAAGACUUCGAAAACCAGGUUCGAACCAUUGCCAAGCUUAUACAUCCGAAUCUGGUUAGAAUUCGUGGGUUCUAUUGGGGCUCCGAUGAAAAGCUUGUUAUCUAUGAUUUCAUCCCCAAUGGUAGCCUCGCCAAUGCCCGACACAGGAAAGUGGGAUCGUCUCCCUGUCAUCUUCUCCAGUGGGAAGUGCGGCUCAAGAUAGCGAAAGGUGUGGCCCGCGGCCUGGCAUACAUCCACGACAAAAAGCAUGUGCAUGGAAACCUAAAGCCAAGCAACAUUCUCCUAGACACCGACAUGGAACCACGAAUCGGCGACUUCGGUCUCGAACGGCUUGUAACCGGUGAGACCAGUUACAGACCUAGCGGGUCAUCUAGGAUAUUCGGUAGUAAAAGGUCAACAGCUUCUCGGGAGAGUUUUCAGGAGUUAUCGGGUGGGCCGACACCGAGUCCGAGUCCGAGUUCAAUGGGCGGUAUAUCGCCUUAUUAUGCGCCGGAAUCGUUGAGGAGUUUGAAACCGCAUCAGAAAUGGGACGUUUAUUCAUUUGGGGUGGUUUUGCUUGAGUUGAUAAUGGGGAAGAUUAGUAGUAAUGCGGAGGAGUUGGCGAUGGUUUUGGCGGGUGAGGAAAGUGGGGGGCGGGUUUUGAGGAUGGCUGACGUGGCGAUACGUGAUGACGUGGAAGGUAAGGAGGAUGCCUUGCUGGCGAUUAUGAGACUGGGAUUGAAUUGUAUAUCACCGGUCCCACAGAAAAGACCGGCUAUGAAAGAGGUCGUGCAUGCACUUGAGAAGUUUCCAUCAACUUCAUCGUCAUUUUGUUACACUCAUCAAUAAUUAUUAUGACUCACUCACUUUGGGCCCCACCCUCCACCUCACCUCCCAGUUUGUAAAUGUAUUUAGUUGACUGAGAUUUUUUUUUUUACUUUUUUACUUUUUACUUUAUCUUCAAGUUUCUAAUUCUCUAUUCAGGUUUGGUUUGUGUUAUUUUACCUCAAUGUAAAGGACUCACUUGUGGUUUGGAUUUCAAAACUAAUUCAAAAUCUUUAAUAAAUUUCUUAAUCUUA